AAGUUCGUUAAUAACAAACUCCGUCGUGGUUCGUUCGAUUCGAUCGACUCUUGCAGUGCACCGAGAAAAAUGAAAAACGAUUCUCGUGUCCGAAACCAAAAUCGAAAUAACUGCGUUUAGUGUUUCAACGAUGUCUGAUCACGAAUUAAAAAAAAGAAAAAAAAAAGAAAACUCGAUACCUCGAUUACAAGAUGAUCGACCUUUGAAUCUUCUUAUUUGGUACAUAAUAUAGAGAAGCGGUGUUUAACGUGAAAUGUCGCAUUUCGAUUUCCAUGAUUCGCGUAGCGUUUAUUUUUAAUUUAUGAAGCACCAAAAAUUUCGAAUUAACGAAUCGUGUACCUUUUGUUUUGAAUAUCUCCCAUUUAUAAUGUUUACACGCCAAAAAAAAAAAAAAUUUGCUUAUUUAAAUCGUUGCCCAUGAAACCGAUCGUUUCGAAAUCUAGCGACACCGAUCGUGGGUAGUCCUGUUUUUGAUUGCUGAAUCGUUUGAUGCGUGAUCAGGAAAAGGAUUACGGCUCGGUUGUCGUGUCGUCAAUGUCGUUGGUCGAUAAAAUCGAGAUAAAAGUGACUGCAGAGAGAGAGUGCCCAGGGGAGGAGCAAGAAAUCGCUCGAAAGAAAAGUAUGCAGCUACUUUCCAGUUUCAUGGCGAGGCACCUGAAGCGAGGAUCAUCCUUGAAAAAAGGGAAACGCGAAGGUACCGGAAGUGGAAAUUAUAUUGGUAAUAAUCCGCCGUCGUCAGGGGGUUCACCCAGGGUCACCACCGGUUACGGUACUGCACCUGGGGGUGCCAAUAUGAUCCCCGAGGAUCCUGCUCCCGAUGAAGAGUUCGCCUUAGCUAUCACUCAGAAAACUCAGAGGGACGCAGAAGCCAUUCGCGGUACGCUGUAUCUUGGUGUGGCCCUAGCAAUUUCAUGGAUAAUAGGUGCAGCAGGAUUAUCGUUAGCAUGGCUGGUAUUAGUUCUGGCAUUAGCAGGAACGAUAUUUAAAGCAAGAAUAUCUCGUCUUCUGCAAUCAGCGCUUCAACAUGAAUUAUCCAGAUUACGGCGAAGAAGGGCUCUGUACAAGGAUGAAACUGCCGAAUGGUUAAGUUUACUCCUUAACAAAUGGUGGAGAUUUAGCGCUGCAAGUAUAUUUUAUUUAGCAAAGGAAAGGCUAGAGCCUCUCUUAAACGAAGCUAAACCUGGAAUACUUGGUCCACUGGAGCUAAGGGAGCUCACUCUUGGCGAGCAAACCCCGUGUGUUACACGUGUAAGAACUUUAGAUUAUACCAGCGAUGAUGACGUUCUCGAUGGUCAAAGUGGACAAACAAAAUUGUCCAUUGAAGCUGAUGUACGUCUCGAUUGCGAGCAAUUUCGUAUGCUCAUUACGACAAGACUAUUUGGAAAAGGAGUCGGCAUGGACGUCGAUCUAGCCGUGGAGAAACUAUCUCUCUCUGGAACUAUCCUUACCACUCUGACCCUUAACUCCAUGGCACCGUUUCCGCACGCAACCUCUUUAAGCGUGAGUUUCUUGGAGAAACCGGACGUUUGGUUCAGCGUGAGAAUUCUACGGGCCGUACAAAUGAUGGAAAUGCCUUUAAUUAAGACCUGGAUCCACGCGGUGGUCACGGACGCUUUAGCCAGCUGGAUCGUUGAUCCAGGUCAUUUGGAGAUGGAUCUGAGAGCACAAGAACGCCCCGGACCCAGAUUGGACUCCGUAGCCAAUUCCAUACCCCAAGGAGUGCUCACUGUUGUUUUAUCUCAAAAUGGUUGUUCUGUUCCAAUCGGAGACGAAGUAAGGUGGCUGGUAGUAACACUGGGAGAUCAAAAACGUGUUACGGCUCCCUUAAAUUCUACGUGGAACGAGGACGUCUCGUUCCUGGUAGGAACAUUGGAUAAUGAAAAAAUCUCCAUCAAAUUAAAAGCAAAACGACUUGUCAGCACAAUUACUUUGGCACAAUUUGAAUUGGCGCUAGGAGUUUACAAUUGGGACAACUCGCAAGUAAUCGAAACCAUAUUGCAACAGAAAAAACCAUCUCGUAAUAGUGCUAACAUUCCAAACAUCAAUGCUCGAUUAGAGUACACAACGCUUCCAAAGUUGGAUCCAGAUCUACCUCAGCCGGAACCAGCAGAGAAUAAUUUACAUCUAUCAGUGCCGCGAAAAUAUCUCAAUCGAGCACAAAGAUCAGGAGUACUUGUGGUUUAUAUCCAUUCGGCGGAAAAUCUCAGUAGCGACAGUUCUCAAUGUAAUCCUUAUUGCAUGUUGUUUAACAACCGAAAAAAGGUAAAGACAACGCAUUACGUUCGAAGUUCUACUUCACCAUGCUGGGAAUCGAGAGCACAAUUUCUUGUUCAAGAUUACACUCAAGUAUCUUUAAGCUUUGUUGUAUAUUCUUGGAAUAUAUCGAAAUCAACUGACAGCGAUAUGCUUGGACUCGCUAUAUUGUCCUUGUCUCAAGAAAAUACGUGGAUAAUUAGAAAAGAAUUGACACUCAGUGGUUCAAACAAUAUGUCGACAAUGACAGUUUCUGUAAUGUUUUAUCCCGUUAAAAGUGUACAGCAAGUAAUCACUAGUCGAAGAAGUAGCUUGGCACUUCCUGUUUCAGAUGAUGAACCAAAAUCAAAGAGGAACAGCCUACCAUGGAUGCAACAAGCAGUCAGUGAAAUUAAUAAAAAAGAUCAUUUAUUUAAGCUAUUAUUGACUCACAAGGAUAUAGAUCCCGCCUCGUCAGACGUAUCCAGUUUACUUUCCACCGGAAGUGGAUUAAUGGAAGUGACUCUGAUACGUGCUAAAGAUCUCGUUGCGAAAGAUCUGAAUGGGUUCAGCGAUCCUUUUUGCGAACUAAAGCUAAACAACGAAACGAAGUACAAGAGUAGCGUAAAGAAGAAAACUCUGAAUCCUUGCUGGGAUGAAAGUUCCAUCAUGGGUUUACCUAGGACCGGCGAGACUUUAGACGUCGUUUUAUGGGAUCAUGAUACUUUCGGUAUGAAGGACUAUCUUGGGAAAGUAUCAUUGACUCUCGAGGAUGUCAGAAAAUUAUCUAACAGUGAUCAGUCCCAUUGGUUUACGUUAAGAGGAACCAAAACUGGAUCUGUGGAGUUAAAGAUUAAAGUCUUGUCCGAAGAGUGUGAGACUCAAAGCACAUACGCAGCCAGUAAUAUCAGCGAAAGUUCAAUGCAGUUGAACAUUGAGACUUCUGAAACAGUGUCGAACAUUAUUAGAAGACCUUCGAUGGAAAAAUCAAAGAUGAGAUUGCAUUUAGAUGUUGUACCGCCUCCACCGCCACCGCGUACAGUCACUCUAUUAAAACCUGCUAUUUCUAGUCAAUCCGACAAAGCUAGUAUUGGGAGUAAAGAUUCUAACGAGAUGAAUGGAACUCAAAAUUCAUGGAUACCCAGCGUUAUUACCGAAACUGGAACAGACGUGAUCGACAAUUCCGAAACGAUAAAGUUAAGAGAACGGCGGUCUUCUCAUAAUAGUUUAACUCCAAGUCCUGAACAAAGCUUUGGCAAAAAGUUACCGCAAUACAACAGCUUUCGCGUUAUGAAGCAAAAGGUAAAGAGGGGACUAAAACUUCGUAGAUUCCGUUCAGAGGUAAAUAUUGAAGAGAAAAACGAAGGGAAAGGUAUAACGUUAAGUUUAGAACCCAGAGGCGGAGGAGAAGCUGAUGCUACGGAGCUCCUACAAGAAUCUGGUUUAGCUCAUGCCGUAUCACAACCUGAUAUGUUUGGUAGAAUAAGACAGCCCAGUCCACGUUUAAGACUGAGACCAAAUGAACUAAAAAAAGUGGUGAACGGUACCAGAGAAAAAUAUUCUGGAAUAGAAGGCAAAGUUCUUCAAGCUCAAGGUCUUCACGUCGCGCAUAUCGCUCAAUUAUAUUGCAGAAUUAAGCUUCAAACAUGUACCAGUCCCGAUAAGAUCGCGUCCUCGAUCAACGGUGGUAAAACAUUAGCGAAAUCUCGACUUUUGCCUGCGAUGCCUAAUCCUCAGUUCAGCAUAGACUUUCACAUAGAGGGCGACAAUGUUCCAAGACAAUCUUUAUUGAUAUUCGAAAUCAGAAGUGCUAGUAAAGAAUUAUUGGCUAGUCGGCGCAUCACACUUCACGAAUUAUUAGGUGUUUCCGCGGCAACCGAUGAAAUUCAUACAUGGUUAGCAUUGAAUAAUGGAGCAUCAUUAGAAGUACAAAUUGCUCAUGGAAGAGAACUUAAAACCAAAUCCACAAAAAAGUUAUUCCGAUCUUGGUCAGUGCACAGGAUAGGAAAGAUAUAAGAUAGUUUAAAAUUGUAUAUUUUCAAUGAAUUUUUCAUAUACUUAUUACGUAUUAUAAUUCGCCAAAUA